AUGACUGCGAAAGGUAUCCCAGAAAAUAUCCCUCUGGGAUGUUUACUGAAGAGGUGGAAAAGUGAAGGGUUUUUCCAGGAGAUGAGUAAAGAUAAAAUGAUUGAUUAUUGUAAUCAUUGGUGGCCGGAAUAUAAGCGAGAGGGGCCGUCAUGGCCAGAGAAUGGUACUGUGGAUUUUGACACCAUAAAUUCGUUAAUGCGCUAUUUGGAGGCCAGUGAAAAAUGGGAUGAAAUACAGUAUUUAGACUUGUUUCAUUUACUGCGUCGUAAAAAGGAGUGGCAAACCGAGUGCGGAAUAAUGGUGCUGGAGAUGAAAGAAUCUGAGUGCGGGGGGGAGAAGUGUUGUAAAAAGGAAUCUAAAUGUGUGCGGUGUUUAGCUUUAAAAUCCCGGACAGAAGAAGAUUUGUCUUUACUGGUGUCACCAGGCGCGCCUUCCACUGCACCCCUCCCUUCUGCUUCACCCCUUCCUACCGCUUCACCCCUCCCUUCUGCCUCACUUCAUCCCUCGCUGUAUCCGCCGUUACCUGAAAGUAGUUCGGAGGAGGAGGAUGGGGAGGAUGAGGAGGCGACAAACAUUACAGUGGCACCAGGGAAUGCUAAAAAGGUUGCUAUACGUCUUCCAAUCCCUUCCCCGCGAAAUACUCCCCUCGCAGCACGAACUAGACAGGGACGUAAAAAUCAUGGGGGACCCCAGUUAAUCGCCCCUUUAAGGGAAGCGGUGGGACCCCAAAAAGAGAAGGUGGUUGUAAAAGUGCCUUUCUCCCCAGGAGAUUUGGUGAUUUGGAAGCAGUCAGCAGGUAAUUACCGUGAGAAUCCUGAAAGAGUGGCACGGGUGGUUAAGAUGAUUGUUAGAACUCAGAACCCGGACUGGAAUGACAUGCAGGUUUUAUUAGAUACCCUAAUGGAUUCUACUGAGAAAGAGAUGGUGUUGCGGGCCAUGAAAGAGCGUGCUCGGGAAAUGAUUAGACUGUAUCGAGUUGGGGAAACCGUGAAUGACUUGGUUCCGAGUGAUGAUCCGGGAUGGGACCCGGACAAGGCUGAAGGGAUGGAAUCUAUCAGGGCGUACCAGGAGUUGUUGGUAGAAGGAAUCAGGACUGGGAUGCCUAAAACACUAAAUUGGUCGAAGUUGUAUUCGGUCAAGCAGGAUAAGAAUGAAUCUCCUUCGGCAUUUUUAGAACGCCUUAAGGAGACUGCUAGUCGCUUCACUGAUUUGGAGAUCGACAGUGAAGCAGGAAAAUUGCAGCUUGCUUUAAUCUUUUUGGGUCAGGCACAGGAAGAUAUACGUAAAAAACUGCAGAAAUUAGAGGGUCAGGAUACUCGGGACUUAGAUAAAAUACUAGAAGUGGCUUGGAAGGUUUAUAAUAACAGAGAAAAAGAAACGGCCAAGAAACAGCAGGCGAAUCUAUUAGCUAUAAUGCAGCAAGCCGAACAGGACUUGAAGGUCAGGAUUGAUAUUGAUGGGAAAGAACAAGAAUUUAUCGUGGAUACGGGGGCAACACAUUCAGUUUUAAACAAAAGGUUGGGACCUAUUAGUGAUACUACCAUACAGGUGGUGGGGGCAACAGGACAAUUAGAAGAAAGACCCUUCUUACAACCAUUAAAUUUGAGAUUUGGAGGAAAAGAAUUAGACCAUCAGUUUUUGUAUAUGCCUAAUUGCCCCAAGCCAUUGCUUGGCAGAGAUUUGUUGUCAUCAUUAAAUGUCAGAAUUAUAUUCGAAAAUGGGAGAGUAAAAUUAGAGGUUCCGGGAGAAGAAAUUGCUAAAUUGUUUGUAAUAAAAGAAAUUGAUCCCUCUCCUAUUCCUAUUGAAGUAGAUCACGCUGUGGUACCUUGGGUAUGGGAGUCGGGGAACCCAGAGAAAUCAAAAGCUGCUCAUACGGUGGUAGUAGAAUUAAAAGAAGGUGCUCAGCCAGUGAGAAUAAAACAAUACCCAAUCAAAUUAGAAGCUAAACAGGGUGUCGCUCCUUUGAUAACUCAGUUUUUAGCACAAGGAAUUUUGCAGGAAUGUGAAUCAGACUUUAACACUCCUAUUUUUCCAGUUAGAAAACCGAAUGGUAAGUAUCGACUAGUGCAGGAUUUAAGGGCAAUUAAUAAUAUUGUCAAAGACAUUCACCCAGUGGUUGCCAAUCCGUAUACUCUAUUAACAUCUGUGUCAGAAAAAUUUAAAUGGUUCUCUGUUAUUGAUUUGAAAGAUGCUUUCUUCUGCAUCCCUCUGGCAUUGGAAAGUAGGAAAUAUUUCGCGUUUGAAUGGGAAAAUCCUGACACUGGAAGGAAGAGACAGCUCACCUGGUCUCGACUGCCGCAAGGAUUCAAAAACAGCCCUACAAUAUUUGGAAAUCAAUUGGCAAAGGAAUUAGAAGAGUGGAAGACUGCUGAGGUAAGAGAGUUACCUUCCUCUUAUGUUGUUCUCCAGUAUGUGGAUGAUAUCUUUUUGGCAACAGCAGAAAAAGGAUUGUGCCUGAAAUUGACUAUUGCUCUGUUGAAUAUGUUGGGCCAGGCUGGCUACCGAGUGUCAAAAGAAAAAGCACAGCUGAUAAAGGAGAGUGUAAUAUACUUGGGAUGUGAGAUCACCCAAGGCCAGAGACGACUGGGAGUCAAUCGAGUGGAAGCUAUUUGUGCUAUUCCCCUUCCCAGGAACCAUCAGGAACUAAGGUCUUUUCUGGGAAUGGUGGGAUGGUGCAGGCUGUGGAUUCUGAAUUUUGGACUUCUAGCUAAACCAUUAUAUGAAGCUCUGAAGGAACCGCAGUUGAGCUGGGAUCGACAGAGGAAAAAGGCCUUUGAAGACUUGAAACAAGCCUUGAGAGAAGCUCCGGCAUUAGGCCUUCCCGAUUUAAAUAAAGACUUUCUAUUGUAUGUAAAUGAAAGACAGAAACUGGCACUGGGAGUGCUAGCUCAGAGACUUGGUUCAUGGAAACGCCCGGUAGGGUAUUUUUCGAAACAACUAGAUACGGUAAGUGCUGGUUGGCCGUCAUGCUUGCGGGCAGUUACGGCCACAGUGAUCCUCAUCCAGGAAGCCAGGAAAUUAACUUUGGGCAGGAAAAUAGAGGUAUUUGUGCCUCACAUGGUACUGGCAGUCCUGGAACAAAAGGGGGGUCACUGGCUUUCAUCCAGCAGGAUGCUGCAAUACCAAGCAAUCCUGAGAGAACAAGAUGAUGUGGAUCUAAAAAUGACUAAUCAUGUUAACCCAGCAGAAUUUCUCCGCAGUGAGCAGGAAGAAGGAGAGUUAGCACAUGACUGCAUGGAGGUGAUUGAACAAGUGUAUGCCAGCCGAAUGGAUUUGAAAGAUGUUCCAAUGGAAGACCCGGAUUGGGAACUGUUUACCGACGGGUCCAGCUAUGUAGAAAAUGGUACCAGGUAUGCGGGAUAUGCAGUGGUAACAGUUACCACUGUAGUGGAAGCAAAGGCCUUGGUCCCUGGAACGUCAGCUCAGCGAGCUGAGAUCAUUGGACUCACUAGAGCCCUAAUAUUAAGUUCCGGGAAGAAAGUGAAUAUAUGGACUGAUUCUAAAUAUGCUUUCGGGGUUGUGCACAUUCAUGGUGCCUUGUGGAAAGAACGAGGGUUAUUGAACUCUCAGGGAACUACCAUCAAAUAA